GAGCCUGGGAAUACUCAGUCCAAGCAGCUAAUGCAAGGUCCUGUGGUGCCUUUGACUUGGCACUAUCCUGUGAUACCAGAAGAACCCCAAAAGCCAGAUGUGCCAUUUGAGCUGCGGAUACCUGCCCCUGCCCAGAGUAUUGCAGCACAAUGUGGGGAGAGAUUUGUGCAUGUGGAGGUUAAGAUGGACUUCUUUGGGACUGGCCAGCUGGUAAAUCCUUCAUUCCUCAGUUUAGGAGGCUGCGGUGCUGUAGGUGAAGAUCCAGAUACUCAAGUGUUCAUCUUUGAAAAUGAGCUCCAGGCAUGUGGCAGCUCUCUGAUGAUGACAGACAAUGAGCUUGUGUACACCUUUACCCUCAUCUACACCCCUAAGGCUUUAGUUGGAACUCCUGUCAUAAGAGCUGCUGCUGCUGUUGGAAUUGAGUGCCAUUAUUCAAGGUUGCAAAAUGUAAGCAGCAAUGUCUUGAUGCCAUCCUGGGUUCCUUUUGCUACUACAAAGGUUACAGAGGAUGUUCUUGUCUUCUCCCUGAAGCUAAUGACUGGUGACUGGAUGUUUGAGCGGCCAUCCAAUCAAUAUUUCUUGGGGCAGUUUAUUAACAUUGAAGCCUCUGUGAAGCAGUACAACCAUGCUCCUUUGCGUGUCUUUGUGGCUGGCUGUGUGGCUACUGCGGUCCCUGACAUAAACUCCAUUCCAAGAUAUCCCUUUAUUGAGAACCAUGGGUUCCUGGUUGAUGCAAAGCUUACAGGCUCUCCUUCCAGUUUCAUUCACCGGGUUCAGGGUGAGAAGCUGCAGUUUCUUCUGGAGGCUUUCAGAUUCCAGCAAGCCAAUAAUGACUCUGUCUUCAUCACAUGUGCUCUAAAAGCAGUCAUGGCUUCCAGCCCCAUAAGUCCAGAGAGCAAGGCUUGCUCCUUCGCCAAUGGAUGGACUUCUGCUGAUGACCAUGACCAGGUGUGUGUGUGCUGUGACUCAACAUGUGGCUACAGCAGGAAAUGGAGAGCGCUAUCCGAUUUAGGCCUGGUUUCAGAAGGGAAAGCAACCGUUGGCCCUAUUGUAAUCUCUGACUGA